GGGCGCGGGCGGGGCGCAGGCGCAGUCGGUGAGACGGGCCCGGGCUCCCGCGGGGUCCCCAUGGAGCGGCCGCCGGACGAGGACCCGGGCUUGGACCACGACCGGGAGGAGGAGGAGGACGACGACGACGACGACGACGACGAAGGCCCGGACACACGGACUCUCCCCCUGCCCGGGCGGCCCCAACCGGCGGCGGGCGGGAGCCGCGCGGCGGCGGCGGCGGCGAGGAAGAGGGAGAUCGGCAUCUCGGAAGCGGAGAAGCGCACGGGCAGGACCGCCGUGAACCUGCAGGAGACCUACACGGCCUACCUCGUGGAGACCAGGUCGACGGACGGUCGGGGGCCGCUGACGGACGCCGUCUGGAGACGCUACAGCGAAUUCGAGCUGCUCCGGACCUACCUGGUCGCCCAGCACCCCUACGUCGUCGUCCCGCCGCUGCCGGAGAAGAGGGCGGAGUUCGUCUGGCACAAGCUGUCGGCCGACAACCUGGACCCGGAGUUCGUGGAGCGGCGCAGGGUCGGGCUGGAGAACUUCCUGCUGCGCCUCAACGCCCACCCCGUCCUCACCGACGACCCCGGCCUCCACGCCUUCCUCACCCAGGAGACGUCCUGGAAGGAGACGGUGAACGAAACCGGAUUUCAAUCCAAGGCCGACUCCCGGCUCCGAGCGCUCAGUGCCACCUACCGCGUGAGGAACCCCGACAGGAGGUUCACCGAGCUGAGACACUACAGCGACGAGCUGCAGGCCGCCAUCACGCACCUCCUGCGGGUCCGAGCCCGGGCGGCAGACCGGCUGUAUGGCGUCUACAAGGUGCACGGGAACUAUGGGAGAGUCUUCAGCGAGUGGAGCGCCAUCGAGAAGGAGAUGGGGGACGGGCUGCAGAGCGCGGGACACCACAUGGACGUCUACGCGGCCUCCAUCGAUAACAUCCUGGAGGAGCAGGAGCUGUACGCCGACCAGCUCAAAGAGUACCUGUUCUACGCCGAGGCCCUGAGGGCCGUCUGCCGGAAACACGAGCUCCUGCAGUUGGACCUGGAGACGGCCGCCCAGGGCCUCGCCGCCAAGAAGCAGCAGUGCCAGGAGCUCACCACGGGGACGGUGCGGACCUUCUCCCUCAAGGGGGUGACCAGCAAGCUGUUCGGCCAAGAGACGCCGGAGCAGAGAGAAGCCAAGGUGAAGGCGCUGGAGGAGCAGAUCGACGACGGGGAGGACCAGCUCAAGUCCAAGAACCUGGAGGGCAGGGAGUUCGUGCAGACGGCCUGGGCCGACAUCGAGCGCUUCAAGGAGCAGAAGAACCGCGACCUGAGGGAGGCCCUGGCCGGAUACGCCCUCAUGCAGGUCGCCAUGUGCAAGAAGGGCAUCCAGGUGUGGACCAACGCCAAGGAGUGCUUCGGCAAGAUGUAGCCGGAGGAGCCCCCGCCGCCCGCAGACGCCAGCCCCGACCCCGGCGGGGGUGCCCUCUCACCCUGCGGCGCCCGCCCGCGCCGGGGGCUCUGACCAAGAUGAAUCCGACGCCGAGGCGGGCUUAGCGGCGGGCGGGGCGGCCCCGUCCCCCUCCGCUCAUCCCCCGCGCCCCCCGGAGGGCUCGGAGCCGCCGGUCUGCCCCCGGACCGUUUCCGGCCGUGGGGUGCGGGGCGGGCGGUGGCGUGGGCGCCUCGCGGGGCGGGCGCGGGAACGGGAUCCCCUCCCCCCCCCCCCCCCCAACCCACCGGCCGGGGUCCCGAUCCCGGCCCCCGGACCCAGCGGGAGCCGAGCCGUGCCCGCCCCGAAUCCCGGUCGGUCCCCGUGCCCCGAGCGGAGAAUAAAAUGGGCUGUGCUGAG